AGUGCCGCGCGGUCCCACUCAGACCAGAUCAGGGCAGGAUGAAGUCCACCAGCAGCGCGCGCACCGACGGCUUCAGCUGCGACUUGGACGACCUGGACAGCAGCGACAGUUCCGACGGGAAGUCCACCGGCGGAAGCAGCCCGCGGAGAGACGCCGGACGGGCGGAGGAGGCGGCGGCCGCACGCGCAGGAUCGCCCAGACGGAGGAGGAGGCGGAGAAGGAGCAGCAGCGGAGGUGGAGACGGCGGAGAAGACUCGCGCCUGCCCGGUGUCAGCAAACAGAGGCAGGCCGCCAACGCACGGGAGCGGGACAGGACGCACAGCGUGAACACGGCGUUCACGGCGCUGCGCACGCUCAUUCCCACCGAGCCGGCCGACAGGAAGCUUUCCAAGAUAGAGACGCUGCGUCUGGCCUCGAGCUACAUCUCGCACCUGGCCAACGUGCUGCUGCUGGGGGACACCUGUCGGGACGGGCAGCCCUGCCUGCGCUACCAGGGCAUCGUGCACGGCCCCGCCGCACUCAGCGCGCCCCCGCUGCGGCCCAUCUGUACCUUCUGCCUCAGCAACCAGAGGAAACUGCUCAGAGACGGAGGGAAGCGUGCAGCUGCUGUGUGAAAGCAACCCGGAGGUCACCUCCAUGCCGUUUACAUUUCAGACUCUGUAAAUAUAUAAAUAACUGAUUUUUGGAUCUGAAAGGUUGAAGACUGAAAAGCACUUUCUGUUCAGGUUCAUGUGUUUUGGCUGAUCUGUAACCUGAGCCCAUGUGUAAAGCUGCACCUGACGUGGGGCUAUUUUUGGUCCUGGAGUCCAACCCCCCCCCCCCCGACCCAUCAGCAACCCCACCAGCACCCACGUCUGCCUCCUAAAAAAAAGCCCUGUGACCUUCGGUCACAUCGAGGGUGGCGAGGACCAGCUGGUGUCAGUUUACUGCAGGAAAACUGCAGCGUUCUGGUCGGAAGUCCGAGCUGCUCAAUGACCAGGCCACUUUGAUCAGGUUCCCACCAGAAAUCCAACUUCAGAGGGGUUUCAUUUCCAGUUCUCUGACUCAGAGAUCACACAGUGACCUCUAGUGGUAAACAACAGGAAACACAGCAACAAUAACAGAACUUGUCCUCAUAUCUCAUUAAACUGUUCUCACAAACCAAAGGACGAAGUCUGGUGGCUGCAAGCUUCUAUCUCACCUCCACCUGGUCCCGUCGGUCAGUUUUCCCUCAAACAUCUAAUAAUGAUACAGACGAUACAUCCAAACUUUAUUAUAUUUCCACAAAUGUGCUAUAAUUAAAAGAACUGCAGGUUUAAUAAUGGAAUCUGAAGGUUGGUCAUGUUUUAGAUUUA